AAUGGUCCUAUUCAACUAUGGCAAUUUCUACUAGAUUUGUUAACGGAUAAAUUACAAAUGGGUUCACCUUGCAUCGCGUGGACUGGCGAUGACUGGGAGUUCAAGUUACUAGAUCCAGAUCGAGUAGCCGAACUUUGGGGUCGUCGUAAAAAUAAGCCAAAUAUGAAUUAUGAAAAAUUAAGUCGAGGACUUCGAUAUUAUUACGACAAGCAUAUUAUUAAGAAGGUGGCUGGUGAAAGAUAUGUUUAUAAAUUUGUCUGUGAUCUAUCACGAAUUAUCGGUUAUAAGCCGGAAGAUGUCCACAACUACGUUGGCUUAGUUAUUUCCAGAACUGGCGAAAUCAGACAUCUACCUUUAAUAUCACAUUUUGAAUCAAUACCGAGUGGAGAUAGAAUCAUGUAA